UUGCCGCAAGCCCGCGACAGCUGUUGGCUUUGGAGUUAGUACGUACGCACACACUCACUCUCCUUUUAGGGUUUCAUUUUUUAUGUUCUGUGUUUUUGGGUCGGUGUUAAUUCCCCUGGCGGAGGAGAAAGACUGCUGUGAUGGUUUAAUAACGAUAUGAAGGAGAAGCGUCGCGUUUGAUUUACCAUCACUGCAUUCUUUCGCAGCCCUUGGCUUUCCCGGUAUAAUUUACAGUAUGAUGUAGCUAUGUGAGGUGCAAUUCUCUGUAAUUUACAGAAGUAUCUUGGAUACCUGUUUGAUGGGUGCCCCUAAGCAGAAGUGGACUCCAGAAGAAGAAGCAGCCCUUAAAGCUGGCAUUGCAAAGUAUGGUGUAGGCAAAUGGAGUACAAUUCUUAAAGAUCCGGAGUUCAGUGCAGUCUUGCGCUCACGCUCAAAUGUGGAUCUUAAGGAUAAAUGGAGAAACAUAAAUGUGAUGGCCAAUGGGUGGGGCUCUCGGCAGAGAGGUAGGCCUGGAUAUAAAAUUGCUCAGCAGACUGCCAAGCUUGAGGAUAUUACUAGGGACCUUAGCCCUGUGGUUACUAAUGUUCCAGAACUUGUUGAUGCUGAACCUCUUUCAGUAAUCAGUGUAAAAGAGCCAAACUCCAGCUCCAAAACGCCAAUUUCAAGGUUGGAUGAUCUUAUAUUGGAGGCUAUUGCAAAGUUGAAGGAACCCCGUGGUUCUAACCGGGCUGCAAUUUCUCUGUACAUAGAGGAGCGUUACUUGACUCCUCCAAAUUUUGAGAGACUGUUAGCUGCAAACUUGAAGCUUUUAACAGAAAAAGGGCGACUGAUUAAGGUAAAGCAUCAGUACAGGAUUGCUCCAACUUCAGCCACUAUUGAUUUAGGGAUAGACCCUCCUCCUUUGCUUUUGGAGGUAGUGCAAAAGGACUCUUCAAACGGAGAGAAGAAAGGAACCAAAGUUCUGACUAAAGCUCAGAUUGAUGCUGAACUGGAGAGGUUGAGGAGCAUGACAGCAGCGGAGGCUGCUGCAGCUGCUGCACAAGCAGUUGCAGAAGCAGAAGCUGCAAUAGCAGAGGCUGAGGUGGCUGCAAGGGAAGCUGAAGAGGCAGAAGCAGAGGCAGAAGCGGCACAGUGUUUUGCUGAAGCAGCAUUGAAGGCAUUGAAGUGUAGAACUGUUCUUGUCUGAUUGUCUCGCCCUUUGAUCAUUGGAACUCAGCCAUGCCCUGACAAUGGUUACUCCCUUCUUGCCCCCUCUUCUGCAAGCAUGUUAAUAAUUGUAGAUAUAGCUAGUUUUGUAAAUCUGAAGGGGGUUUUUGUCCAUAGUGUUUGGAUUAUUAUUAGCUUCUCUUUGAUAGAUUUUACAAUGAAAAUGGAAGGAGAGAGUUUAAAUAUAGUUUCAGAUGCUUAACUGGAAAUAUGAGCAACGGACAUUGUGGCCCUUCAUUGAAGCGAAGCACUGCAUCUUUUAUGUCUCUGAGCCACAUACUUGUGUUCUUUUCAUUUGGGUACGCUGAAUUGUAGUUUCGUGUUCUUAGUCCA